UAGGGCGUAACGUCGUAUUUUUCUUUUACUCUUGCUCCUCGUCCUUGUUCAUCCCCCUUCUGCUAAGGAGAUAUUCCUCGGCCUCUCGCGUCAUUUCUUGCCAUUAGGGCCAUACUAGCAUGCUCCUUCACCAUUUUGUCAGCAGCAUAACCCCUCUCCCAGUGGCUAGUGGAACAAGCCUCGGUCGGCCAGCAGGAUCGAGAUAAGAGUCCCUACGGCAGACUGAUUAGUCUCCUCACAACUCAUUCCCUAAAACCGAAUUAUUGCUGUCUGAGCUCGGAGUGACAGCCGCGGCGUAGAGUUGACGUGAAGAGCCAUUCCGCCACCUGCUGGCAACUAGGCUGCACCCACUAAUUGUACUAGCGAGAAUAGAAAAUAUCUACCUCCAGCAACCCUAAUCAUCCCAUCUGACCAAUCUGCUGCAUUUGACCAUUGCGGUCUCAAAGGUAGUGCUUUAGGUAUGGUCCUGCUGAUCAUCAACCGUCGGUUUCCAUUUAUACUGUCUCAACAGGAGCGUAGGACGCUGGUUGCACACAACAAGCGAUAGAAUUAUGGGGUUACGAUAACAAGCGCUUUUAAUCUAAUUGUUUGAGGGGGAAGAAAUGGCAUAUACCGUUGUAGCUGGGGUGAAGAGGAGAUACGUAUCUACCCCAACUCAUGACGAACGACAGCCGUCUUCAAUAUACGCCGAGCUCGAUUACCUACAACGACCAAGCCAACACGAUGUGUCGCCUCAGGAAAGCCGUCGUGGGAUGAGCCUGCCAAGCACAACGAGAAACACACCCCCAAGAUCCAGUCUAGAGGCUUCCUUCGAGCCAGAUGCAUCCAUCGUGCUUGUUGGCAUACGCGGCUCAGGGAAGUCCACUCUAGCGAUCAUUGCCUCGACAGCAAUGAAACGCAGGGUCGUGGAUCUAGAUGUAACCUUCAAAGAGACGACAGGACUUUCAGCAGUCGCGUACAAGAAGGAACAUGGCCUAAUUGAGUGUCGGCGGCGGCAGUACAGCGUACUAGAGACGGUUUUAGCAAGCCACCAACGAGACUGUAUCAUUGUGUUCUCGUGGAUGGAGCCUGGUCUCCAUGCGCCGCUUGAGAAGUUCUCCGCUUCUCAUCCUAUCAUUCACAUCGCCAGGGAUCCAGAGGCUAUACAACAAUAUCUCAGACUAGCCGAUGAGACCAAAAUCCGAGAGUUGAUGAAAUACACGGCCUCGGCAUUCCGUGCUGUGGCCAACUUCGAGUUCUUUAAUGUUUCCGAGAGAUACCCAAAGUCGAAUGGUUCGGGAGAGCCAUUGGUGCGCGGAGACGGUUCAGCAACUCCUCCUCCCUAUCUCACUUUGAAAAGAGCCGAGAGGCAUUUCCUGAAGUUCCUCUCCCUCAUCAUGCCAUCAAGGUCCAUCCCGUUCAUUGAAUCCGCAUUUCCACUCGCCGCGGUCCCCACAGAGACUAGGGAAUUCACAUACGCCGUGUCUGUGCCUUUAUCGAGGUUACUAGCAGAUGAAUGGGAAACGAAAGACAUCGAAACUGGUGCCGAUGCUAUCGAGAUCGUUAUAGAUGAUGUUUUCGCGAGGAAUGAGGAACCAUGCCAUAGCAAUAGCCAACUAAGUUCGGAGCGGCUUAGUCAAAUAAGCAAGGCUGUUGGCUCAGUAAGGAGAAACGUGGUUAUCCCUAUUAUCUAUCACGUACCAUGGCCGACCGCUCAUUCCAUUGACGACACCCAACGAGCUGCAUACGUAGAGCACGUUCAACACGGUUUGUUGCUCUGCGCGGAAUACAUCACUGUAGACUUGAGACUGGACGAUCGAACGCUCCGCCGUAUCACAGAAUGGAGAAAGACUUCAAAGAUCAUCGGCUCUGUCCAGUUUGAGUCUUCAUCCCACUCGCCGUCCUGGGCUGAUCCGACGUGGAUGUCGUAUUAUCACAGAGCCCAGUCAUUUUCUUGUGAUCUUGCCAAGUUCACCCGCCCAGCCUUCUCUAUAGAGGACAAUUUCGAAAUCAACAUGUUUCGCUCCGCUGUAGCCAGCACUGGACAAUUACAAACUCCCCUGAUAGCAUACAACACAGGCGCGAAGGGUAGGCAUUCCGCAUGCUUAAACAAAGUCCUGACAUCAGUCCUCCCGGAAUCCGUAACUGGAUGUAACCCCCAGGAAAGCCAUGAAUACCCGGGUAUAAUAGUGCCUUCUAUAUCUUGCCGACAAGCCACUUUGGCCUUGCAAGCAUGCUUUGCCACUGACGAUGCGUUGAAGCUAUACGUGGUUGGUGCCAAUUGCCAGCACAGUCUUUCGCCUGCCAUGCACAAUACCGCCAUACAAGCUCUCGGCACAGGCCAUGUCUACAGGCCCUACUCUACUAACUCCUUGAGCGACAUUCGCGAUUUGAUACAUGAUCCUUCCUUCGCCGGGGCUUCUGUCGGUCUCCCCUUCAAAGUCGAAGUCAUCAGUCUCACCCACUCUCUCAGUAACCAUGCCAAGGCAAUCGGCGCUGUCAAUACCUUGAUCCCAAUCCGCCAGCUGAAUCCCGACGGGAGCAUACCGGAAGAUGCGAUCCUGUCAAAUACACGCAAGAGUGCGGGCCCUGUUCUCGCGCUAUACGGGGAGAACACCGACUGGAUCGGCAUUCGGGCAUGUAUACGCAGGGGUCUUUCUCCCGCGAACGCCGUCCGCUCGAACACAGCCGGCCUCGUCAUCGGCGCCGGCGGCAUGGCUCGCGCAGCCGUGUACUCGAUGCUGCAACUAGGCGUGCAGAACAUCGUCGUCUACAACCGGUCUCCGGAGAACACCCAAAAGCUCGUGUCUCAUUUCGAACGGCUGCUCUCCAGGAACGACAUACCGCUGCUCAGUAAAGUCGACGACGGCAAGACGAAUUUCCAUAUCCUCCGCAGCCGCGACGAGCCCUGGCCCGCGCACCUACGGCAGCCCACCAUCGUAGUGUCCUGCAUCCCCGCUCAACAGACCGGGAACGACCCGCCUCCGAACUUCACGCUCCCCGAGGCCUGGAUGGGGAGUCCCACGGGCGGCGUGGUAGUGGACUUCUCAUACAAGAUCCUGAACACGCCCAUCAUCCUCCAGACGCGGGCGGAGGCGCAUCGCGGAUGGGUGGUCAUGGACAGCUUGGAUUUGCUACCUGAGCAGGGCUUCGCGCAGUUUGAGUUGUUUACGGGGAGGAGGGCGCCGAGACGGUUGAUGCGGGCCGAAGUACUCAAAUCCUCUCCUGCUGAAGAACGGAACUAUCCACUUCAGCCUCGACUGGAUAUUAUCACGCACCAGGAGCCGUAGAUCAAGCAAUUUAAGCUUACAAUAUAGUGAAUGUCACUUCUGUAA